GGGCUCCCUGCCGGGGCUCCCGGCGCUGCCCGGCUGCGCGGGCGGUGACGGCGGCGGGGGGGAGCGCUGCCGUCGGGCGCGGGGCAGCGCCGCGUCCAGGCGCAGGGCUGGCGAGCAGGGUCACUCCAGGCGCUCGUUUGAAGCGUGCUGCGCCAGAAACAUGAUGGCCCAGUCAGACUUAGACCUAAAAGAAACAGCUCUAAAAGAGGAUUUGAAAUUUUACUUCAUGAACCCAUGUGAAAAAUACAGAGCAAGACGUCAAAUACCAUGGAAACUGGCUUUGCAGAUUUUGAAGAUACUUAUGGUUACUACACAGCUUAUCUUUUUUGGUUUGAGUAACCAGUUGGUGGUUUCAUUCAAAGAGGAGAACACUGUUGCUUUUAAACACCUCUUCCUGAAGGGGUUUUCUGGUGUUGAUGAAGAUGACUACAGCUGCAGUAUAUAUACACAGCAGGAAGCUUAUGAUAGCAUUUUUUAUGCCAUUAAUCAGUACAAACAAUUGAAGAACAUUUCCCUGGGGACGCUUGGUUAUGAACAAGAUGAAAAUGAAGGAUCAGGUUUAAAAAUCUGUAAACAGCAGUACAAGAAAGGCACAACGCUUCCUUCUAAUGAUACACUGAACAUAGAUGUUGCUACUGAAACAGAAUGUAUCCUUUUAAAGUCACAGGAGCUGGCCAGUAAGAAGACUGAACUGAAGUUGAACUCCUCAUUUUUCAAUUUUGAAUUUUACAGGCUUAUACAGGUUGAAAUCUCCUUCAAGUUGAAAGGCAUUGCUCUACAAACAAUCCAUGCCCGUGAAUUGCCUGACUGUUACGCAUUUCAAAAUACUAUCACUUUCAAUAAUAGAGCCCACAGUGGAAAAAUCAAAGUUUAUUUUGAUAGUGAUACUGACAUUCAAGAAUGCAAAGACUGGCACAUAUCUGGUUCUGUUCUCCAGAAAAACACUCAGUAUGUUCUGGUUUUUGAUGGAUUUGUCAUUGUAAGCUGCCUUGCUUCUCUCAUCCUCUGCACGCGAUCCAUUAUUCUUGCCUUGAGACUGCAAAAAAGAUUUGUGAGUUUCUUCCUGGAGAAAUAUAAACGUCAUGUCUGUAAUGCUGAUCGCCUAGAGUUCAUAAAUGGAUGGUAUGUCCUGGUGAUCAUCAGCGAUAUGAUGACGAUCAUUGGCUCAAUCUUAAAAAUGGAAAUAAAAGCCAAGAAUCUCACAAGUUAUGAUGUCUGCAGCAUCUUACUGGGAACAUCAACUUUGUUUGUCUGGGUUGGAGUCAUCCGAUACUUGGGAUAUUUUCAAACCUACAAUGUACUCAUUUUAACUAUGCAAGCAUCGCUGCCCAAAGUUUUAAGGUUUUGUUGUUGUGCUGGGAUGAUUUAUCUUGGCUAUACUUUUUGUGGCUGGAUUGUAUUGGGACCUUAUCAUGAAAAGUUUGAAGAUUUGAACACAGUGGCUGAGUGUCUGUUUUCUUUGGUCAAUGGCGAUGAUAUGUUUGCAACAUUUGCUCAAAUCCAGCGGAAGAGCACGUUGGUGUGGCUGUUCAGUCGGUUGUAUCUGUACUCCUUCAUUAGUCUGUUUAUAUACAUGAUCCUCAGCCUUUUCAUUGCACUGAUUACAGACUCCUAUGACACCAUAAAGAAAUAUCAACAAAGUGGAUUUCCAGUAACAGAUCUGCAUGAAUUUCUAAAAGAGUGUGGCAGCGUUGGUUACAGAAAAGAACAAGCUUCCAUGCCAUUCAUCUGCUGCUGUAGAAGACAACAGAGCGAUGACAACUUGAUACUUAUUAAUUGAUCAUGCACUGAAAUUCACUACUAAAAUAUGCAAACAAAACAUAUUUGUAUGGAGAAGAACAAUUCUCCAAAUAGCAAUGAAACCAACUACUGGACCUGCUUCCAUGUGAACAGACUAAUCUUACUGAAUUAAGGUGUUGGGGAAGAAAAGCUGCGAAUGUGACAUCAGCUGGCUGAACACAGUGAGAGCCCAGAAGCUAUCUUGGUUUGGAAGAGGCUGUGUAGAACUUGGUAUUCUUGCUCCAAGUUUGGUUAUGUCAAAGAAGGCUGAUUCUUGAGAAGUAUCUGGGGGAAGCUCUGUUUGCUAAUCACCUCUAGGAAGAAGGAAAGUGGUCCUGAACCAACAGUUGUUGUUAAUAAGGGAAAGAAGAAUAUGAAAUGACAUAUAAAAAUAAUUCCACAUUAAAAAAAUAAAAAGUAGACUCUUACAGCCCUUGGCAAGAAGGGAGAAAUUUUUUACUUCACUUACUGAAGCCAUGCAUUAACAUUGCAACUGUAAUUUCUACUUGGCACAACUCAUUUACUUGAAAUAAAUUUAUGUAAAACUACAGAGCUGCACAAAAGUGCAAAAUAAUUGCUGUUCUCCCUUUUGUAUAUCAGUUUUAACACAAGCCACUGAUAGCUUACAAUCUUUUCUUUUAAUAGCUUUACUAAAAAAAAAAAGCAUUUUUUUUCCUGAGUCUUCUCUAUUAUACCCAUAAUAUUUGAUGUACAAUGCACCCAGAUUAAACUUAAUACUUUAGCUAUAGGUAAAUACUUUACUGUGUGUUUGGAAACUUCCAUGGCAGGUGUCAUGUGAAGGAUGAAGCUUGGAAGGGUUUUUAAGUGCCAUAACCUGGAAGGCAAAUUCAGGCAAAAACAAGGCUGUGGAGUUGAUUUACCUAAUUACUUUUAUUUCAAGUACAUGUUAAAUGGAAGAAGACAUUUUUAACAGCAGAGUCAGGCAUUUGGCUUGUUCAGGCUGUUUUUGUUUGGUGAAAUUCUUGGUGUAUUUACAGAUUACCAUCCUAAAGAAAUGGGUUUUUGUUGUUGUUCGGUUUUUUCUCUCUCCCUUUGACCUUCUCUCUGCACUUGCAAUCUGAAUCUUGCUCUAUAAAUCUGAAAUGUUCUCCUUGUAUGAAUAAAGUGAGUGCAGCUUAAUUUGAGGUAAAAAGGAAAAGAUGCAAAAAAGUCUUGUACAAGAUCCUGGCUUACCGACAGCUGCUCUUACAGGAGACUCAUCCUCAAAAUACUGCAUGCUACUUCUCCCUGCCUUCAUUGCUUCCCUGCAGAGCAAAGCGUGGUGAAUGUACACCUUUGCCCACAGGCUGAGCUCAGGUCUUCCCACCCUGCCAGCGAGGAUUCUGGCUGCGUGCCUGGCAGCACCCUCGGCUGAGGAGGCAGCAGCAGCUAACCCAGCCGCACUCCUGGACCUGCCCACAGAGCCGCACUGUCAUAGGCUGGCAUUGUGCUGGGUCCUCUUAGGAGAAAGAGCGUGUUGAUUACUUGAAGAUGACAUUAAUGAAGACAACACAAAUUCUGACAUCUGCUGUGGCUAAAAGACAGAUCAGAGCCAUCUGAAUGUGCCUGCUACUGAAGGCAGCUGUUGCCACCUGGGCUGGGCUGAAGUGAUGCUAUAAAUCGGAGCAGAACAAGUCCGUCCUGGGACCUCUUAACAUCUUAAUUCUGCUGCUGUACUUCUGCAUGUGCUUUCUUUGCCAUGUGUCACUAUCUCAUUUUGUACUUCUCAUCUCUUUUUCUGCCCUGCUCUUACUGGCUUGUCCAGGUUGUCUGUUAGUGUGCCAUGGCUCCUUCUUCUCUUCAGGUCUCUCUUGUCAACAGUAUAAAACGUGAGCAUAAGUGAUAAAGCGUAGACCCCCAAAACACCAUGAGGGUGGAGGGAGACCCCUUCUGUAUUGACAAGUAUGCUUCUGCUUCAGAGGCAUGAAUUACCCGGGUUCAGUUUUUGUUUCUCUUCAAGAGUGCCUGUGGGAGGAGGAAAGAAAAGAGGGGAAAAAGAAAAAGCCACUGUGGCUGAUUGGGAUGUUUGCUCAUUGUAAAGCAGAGCUGGACUGAAAAGAUGAGGUUGUUAAACCAAUUUCUCUGCUUGCAUUUUAUAGUAAAGCAUGAUUGACUGUGUUUUGUGAAGUAAAGGGUUUUUUUCGUUUGUUUAUCGAAGGAGGUGAGAUGGUGGAGAGAAGCUGACAAGUCCCCUUGCCUUGCACUGAAUGUUUUAACUUCAGUGACCCAUAUAGUUAUCUCGAAGUCCGGCAGGAAGAAGAGUCUCAGAGGAGAUCAGGAAUCUUUGAAAAUGAUAACAUAACCAAAAUACAGGAAAAUGCUAUUCAGAAACUAGUUACUGUUUUAAGAGCCCUAAUUAGAGUUUGAAAACUCCAUGCUGUGAUAUUUCUGCAGAGCCAAGAGAACAAGCUCAGCUGUUCAGAUGAGAAAGUCUCGCUAACAGUGUUGUCCAGAGCUGCUGUUCUUGUUAAUACUCGUUUACCUGCAGUAGGUCAAGACCAUAGGUAUAAAAAGCCUGAUUUGCUGCCCUUGAGCGGAAUUAUUAAAAGCUGGUGCUAGUGUUUCACUAACACCUUCAGUAGUGCUGCUGAAGCCUGUAAUGGACAGACAUUGUUCUUGCCUUUAGAAGCAGCCAACCCAGCUGUAGCAUUCUCAGUCCUCCUCACCUCCGAGUUGUGAAGACGCAACACUUGGUUGUAGUGUAGACCUGGCCUGACUUCCAUAGGAAAGGCAAGAGGGAAUUAAUUAUGGUUCUUGAUCUAAAGUUGAAUAAAUGCUUUCCCAAAGGACAGAAGCAAAAUGCACCAGAGUUUUUUCUUCCCAUCUGGGAUACUGUGAGUAUCCGUGUUUCUCUUGCUGAAAUGUCUUUGGGAUGCACAGCCUUCUCCCUGUCCCAGUUUAAGCAGUGUCUUGCUGUGGCCUCAGCUGUCUCUACAGCUUGUGGGUCUUGCUGCAUUACAAAUGAGGAUAAAAGUUAAAUUGCUACUAAUAAUGAAGACUUUACGUUGUUAGCAAAGAUCUUUAAUUGUUGUGUCUAAACAGAUGCUAGCGGCCUGAUUCAGAAUAGACCUUUACUGUCUUCCCCUCUUGAACAGAAAAAUCAGUUUUUCUCCUAAUGUUAACAUGUAGAAUUUGUUGGGGUGUUCUAAUGUAUGCUUUGGGGCCCUGGAGAAUCAAAGUACUCUUCUGCAAACUACAGAAGUGAUGAGCACUAAUUGAUUACUAGCAGACUUUCUUGGCCCACAUAGUAUGAGAUCUUGACUUUUGUGACUUAUAAAAUGCUAUUGUUUUCCAUAUUUGUUGCUAUUUUACUAAUAGCUUUUUGGAAUGUCUCUUCUCAAUUCAAAUAGUUUCCUAGUAAACAAGACAACAAUCCAGUACAUCUAAAAAAUGAAUUGUAUUAUCCUCACUGAACUACCUUCUGUCAGUACUCAUGGAAAUAGUAGGUUAGAGACUUGAACCUAGAAAAAAGUAGAUCCAAUUCAUGUUAUGUUAGAGACUGAGCUUUUGUAUAACAUGCCCGGUAUGUGUUGCCCUAAGGGGGCGGGGGCAUACAGAUACAUUGGGUAACACGUACCGCAAAGGGCUCUGGCUCAAGUGCGAGUCCUGCAUCUCUUGUGACCUGUGAGAUGUCAUGGUUGCAUGCGUCUUCUGAACUGCACAUGCCUGACUGAAGCAGGGCAAGCUCUUAGGCUUGGAUUUCUUUUUUUCUUGGUAAUUUUUUGCACUGCUGCCUGAGAUAGGAUGGCAUGCUGUGAAUGUAUGAAAACAGUAGCAGUUCUGGAGUGUACGAGCCCUCGGCUGCUUCCUUUGGGCCAGACAGUGAUCAAAGUGUUUAUGUGAGGCGGGGGAAAGGUUGGAGGCCAGUGAGUGUUGCUGUGGUUAGCGCUCAGCAGGUAGGGUGGUGACACCGAGAACUGCUUUCCCACGUGUUGGGGCUUUGUUAUGGACAGGUAUUGGCACAGACAAAGCCCUUCAUCAGUAAAUAGUCUGGUUCCUUAUCUAUGGCCUGGUGAUUCUUGUGCAGAUUUGAUCUCUGCUGAGCACAAAUGCACUUCAAUGUGUUUCCAAAAGCAAAAUUUGACCUUCAGUGUUUUCGUAGGCCAGCCAGUCCUGUCGUCUGGGGGGGCUGGGAAGUGAGGUUGGGAAACGUUCACUCAGAGUUGGGGCCUUAGGUCCCUGUGUGCUACCCAGAGGCUAGAUAUAUUUCUGGCUGGAGGCAGAACAUCAGGGCAAAGCAAACCCCGUAGCUGUGCUGAAAGCGGAGCUGCCGUUCCUCUGCCCUGUGGGAAGCAACUGCAGCUUUCAGGCUGAAGCAAAGUUUUCUUCUGUGCAACUGGCAGCUCCACCUUUAGCUGGUGGAGAUGUCAACAGGAAAUUCUGUAGUAAAUGCACAUGCAUGUGCAUUUGCCCUAGCAUGUGCUUAACGCAAGAGAACAUUUGUUGUACAAAACAAGAAUAGUAUGAGUUGUUUUCAGUGCAGAACUAACAGAAUGAGUAUAUUUACUAUAUACUCAUUAAAGUAUUGUUAGUGUUGGAAAGCAGAAAAAAUAGUUAUCUUGUAAAGGACCUUGUAUCCCUUUUUGCACCCUUUAAUCUAAGUUGCCACAUGCCUGUCUGAGAUCAGGGGUAGCCAGCAAAAUCCUUACUUCGGGCUACUGUGGAUGUGCACAAAUGUAUCAGACCUCUGGUGUUUGGGUAUUAGAUUCCCCCCCACCUUACAAGGUUGUUUCCUAUCGCCUCUGUUGUGUUACCCUGCUACGGUGUGCCCCUGACAGAACAACGAGGCAUUUUGUAGAUGUUUAGAAGGUCUUGCUGGGGACGAACCCUGCAGGUCUCCAGGUAAGAGCUGUCCCUGGUCUGUGUGAGCCCCGGUGCUCUACAAAGCUGUGCAUGCUGCCAUAUGCUCCAUCCGUGGGCUUUUGGAAGACUCUAAUGUAACAUCUACAACAGGAAUGCUUCAAGGAGGUGGAAUGGAAUGUUUUUCAGUGAACAAGCUGAUGAGUAAUUUCUGAUGCAGAAAACGAAGAUUUGGAAGGGACACUUGAGCUUCACUUCACUCCAAGCAGCCUUCAAAGGAUCAGAUGAUUUCUCAGACAUAUUAACUGUAGGAUCUUCCCCUCCUUGUAAGUUGUGAGUAAACACUUCUUUGCAAAGACUUGCUCUGCAUGUUAGCAGCAGGUCGCAACAAGCUCAUCACCUUCUAAAGUCUAGCAACUGUAUUCCCUAAAGCACGCGAGGGACAUUCUGUUCCCACCGUGAGGAGCCCCUGGGCUCUGACUCAGGCCGCUUCUUUCCUAUUUAGUAGGAUGUUGAUCGUGAUCUGCCAAAGCCACAGCUGAAAUAAAUAUUUAUUUGUUUGUGAAAGUAUCCUCAGGGAAUGAAGGGAAAUAUCAUCCUAAGGAAUGUAGAAAAUACUAAUUAUUCUUAUUGCAUCUUAGACUUAAUUUCUGUAAUGGAAUCAUAAAGCUUUUUGGUCUAGCAUUGAUUUUUUUUUUUCUUCAUUAUCAUCAUCAUAUGAGCUAUGUGCUAGCCAGAUUACUGCUUGAGCCCUACCAUAUUAGAGCAGGUCACUAAUGUAUUGUAUUGAAACCAAUUUGUGUCUUCACUGUCUGUUUCUUUCUGUUGGAAGAGAAAACAGAAUUGUUCUUAAUUGAUCAGGAGCUAGUUGCUGGAGCUCCUCAUUGGCUCUCUGUUCCUUGGAGGUUAAACUUAACAGGAAAUCUGGCGUAUGUUAACUCUUAAUUCUGUGCAUUAAUACAGACUUCAGUGUAGUAGCUGGCUGAUAAGUGACAGUGCUCUGAGUGCUGAGGAGGUGAUGCACAGUAAUGGAAGCAGGACUGCAACAUAACCUUUUGCAAUGUCCUGAAAAUGGGCUCUUGCUUUCAGUUGUCAUGUUUCCUGGGAGUAAGUUCUUGCUCGUUGCUUAUAGGGCUUAACAGGCGGAGGAGAGAAAUAGAUGGAGAGGCAGUGGGAAGGUGGCCCUAGGAAGAAAAGGGCAGGGAGAAAAAGGCUGCUUCUUGAGCCAUUCUUGGAGGUGAGCAUUGAAAUAAGGGGGAUGGGGUGGGUAAGAGCUGCCUCGAAGACUUUGGGCUCUUAUUCUGGGGCCUUGCAGUUAUGCAUAAGAUGGGAAGAGGCUGCUGAAGUGGAGGGUUGUGUGUGGUAUCUUGUGUGUAAUGUUAGUGAUGUGCAGGACUCCACCUAAUCUCUGUAACGUUCUCCAGGUUUUGUGUUGUAGUCACCACCAGGGCAUCUGAGAAGAGAGGCUUUCCGCUGAGACUUUCCUUAGUCAGUUGUACUCGAGCCCUGUGAAACGACACCUUAAACCUGCCUUGAUUCAGGUAAACAUCUCCAACUUGGCUGCAGAAGAGAAGACCUGGAAAAUAAACUCAUGCGACGUGUUAAACUGCCACACCAAGAAACAUGGGACAUCCUAUCACACAUCUCUCCUGCCUAGUGUGGACUGGUGCAAGGCUGCUGAGGAUACAGCUGCGUAGGUCUGCUGCAGCUGCACAGCUGUCCUGAGCCCAGGCUAGUUCUGCCGUGAGGACAUGAAAUAAAAAGGAAGCAUGAAAUAAACCACUUUCUGGAAGGAUUGGGCAGUGACAAGUGCUUUUUGUUCAUAGGUAGGUGCAGAUGACCAAGUGCCAGCUACAUCUGUGCUCUGAAAUACUGGCAUGCAACCUAGCUCCAGUUCAGUUACUGUUCUGAUGCAACCUCCACUUCUGUUCUGAUGCAACAUCUCCAGAGUCUGCUCCAUGACCUUGACAUCUCGGCUGGAUGCUU